AUGAGACCAGCAGAGUCAUUUUGUGAUGCGAUGGAUGUUAGUGAGGCAAAUCACAAAUGGCAGGGGAUUUCAUGUAGCCGUCAGCAUCAAAUAGUUACAGCUUUGGACCUACAAGGCUAUGCUUUGCGUGGAUCCAUACCACCUUUCAUUGGCAACCUCAGCUUUCUUAGGUUGUUUGAUCUCCACGACAACUUCAUAUACGGCAAAAUUCCACAAGUUACUCAUUUGUUCAGACUGCAGAAUCUCCUUCUUAGCAAUAACUCGUUGACAGGGGAGAUCCCGAGCAACUUCACCAACUGUCCUGACCUCAGAGUGAUGGACUUCACAAGGAAUAAACUUACUGGGAACAUUCCUGUUGAGCUUGGCUUUUUGAAGAAGCUUGAGAUGCUUCAGAUUGGAGAAAACAAUUUGACAGGACGCAUCUCACCUUCCUUGGGAAAUAUUUCUUCUCUCCAAGAGCUAUCCUUGGCACUUAACAAUUUUGUGGGAAAGAUUCCAGAAGAAAUAGGCCACAAAAACAAGGUAUAUCUACUGUGCUUAAAUAUAUAA